AUGACUGGCAAUUCGCAUUGUGUCUUGUGUAAGCGUUCCUUUGGCAUUUUUUUGUGGAAACACAAAUGUGCGAAGUGUAAUAGAAAUGUCUGCGACGAUUGUGCACCGAAAGUGAGUGGAGUGAGAAAAUGUGAAGAGUGUUCCGCAGUGAAACCGGCUGACAGUAGCGCAAAGACCCCAGCGAACCAACCGCGUGUUCAGGGGUCAGAGGAAAAUCCCGUCCUUGAAGCUGCCAUGCGCCGCAGACAACAACACAUGCUCGGAGUGGGGCCAAAUACUGUUAACUCAGAGGAAAAAAUUAGGCUGCUAACAGAGAUUACUACAAUCCUGAAACAGCGUGGAGAAGACGAACCGUUCGGUCUUCGCUCUAUGGACGAAACAAAGCUGCGUGUUUACCUUCGGCAUAUUCGAGAAAAAUACGGGAUUACGGCUGUUAAACAAUCAUAG